AUGUCAGGUGGUAAAGGAAAAGCCGGUUCUUCAGAAAAAGCUUCAACUUCUAGAUCAGCUAAAGCUGGUUUGACUUUCCCAGUCGGUAGAGUCCAUAGAUUAUUAAGAAAAGGUAACUAUGCUCAAAGAAUUGGUUCUGGUGCUCCAGUGUACUUGACUUCAGUUUUGGAAUAUUUAGCUGCUGAAAUCUUGGAAUUGGCCGGUAAUGCUGCUAGAGAUAACAAAAAAUCCAGAAUUAUCCCAAGACAUUUACAAUUGGCCAUUAGAAAUGAUGAAGAAUUGAACAAAUUAUUGGGUGAUGUUACUAUUGCUCAAGGUGGUGUCUUACCAAACAUUCAUCAAUCAUUAUUACCAGCUAAGAAAGCUAAAGCAGGUGCCGCUUCUCAAGAAUUGUAA